ACUGAGAACAGCAGUGGACCUAGGACAGAGCCUUGCGGAACGCCGCUAAGUACAGCUUGUCGAAACGAAAGACUGCUUCCCACACGAAUACACUGUUCCCGUCCAGCCAGAAAGCUGACACCCACUGGAGAGCGCGACCAGCUAUUCCAUACGACCUCAACUUCAGUGAGUCGCGAAUGGGGGACAGUGUCAAAGGCCUUGGCGAAGUCAAUGAACACCACAUCCACCGCAUGUCUACGGCUUCGGCCCAGCACUCACGAGCUACCAGCAAGUUCGUCUGACACGAAAAUCCUUUGCGAAAACCAUGUUGCUCGACGCUAAGCAGGUUAAACCUUUUUAAAUGGUUCUCCACUGUAUCUCGUACUAAUUUUUCAAGUAACUUAACGACCACGCUAGUCAAGCUGACAGGCCUGUAAUUAGCCGGUGCGUCUUUGUCACCACACUUGAAAAUCGGGCAGACAACAGCCUC